GAUUUGGUCUUUCCCUGGUUUGUGUUCAUCAUGGGCACAUCUAUAUCCCUGUCUGUCAGCUCAGCCCUGCGAUGUGGUUUGUCACGUUUCUCUCUGUUCACCAAGGCAGUCUGGAGGAGUGUUCAGCUCUUCCUCAUAGGACUCCUCAUCAUCAACCCCAACUACUGCCAGGGACCACUAUCAUGGGACUCCCUGCGUAUCCCUGGCGUGCUUCAGCGUCUGGCCUUCUCCUAUCUAGUGGUGGUCUCUCUGGACCUCUGUGUGGCCUGGAACAGCCUGGACAACCUUCCUGUGGAUGCUUGGUGGUACUCUGCUCGUGAGUUCCUGCUCUACUGGCCAGCCUGGCUGUGUGUGUAGUCGUCUUGGAAACCGUGUGGCUCUGUCUCACCUUCCUGCUCCC